AUGGUGCGAAUGAACGUACUCAGUGAUGCCCUCAAAUCUAUCAACAAUGCCGAGAAGCGAGGCAAGAGGCAAGUUCUGCUUCGUCCCUGCUCAAAAGUCAUCGUCAAAUUUCUCACAGUGAUGAUGAAGCACGGUUAUAUUGGAGAAUUUGAAAUUGUUGAUGAUCACAGGAGUGGAAAAGUUGUUGUUAAUCUUACUGGAAGGCUAAACAAAUGUGGGGUCAUCUCUCCUAGAUUUGAUGUUCCCAUCACAGACAUUGAAAAGUGGACGAACAAUCUUCUUCCAAGUCGUCAGUUUGGGUAUGUAGUGUUAACUACAAGUGGAGGUAUUAUGGACCACGAAGAAGCAAGGAGGAAACAUUUGGGAGGCAAAAUCCUAGGAUUCUUCUUUUAAGUUAUAAUAAUUGUAUAAAAAAAAUUUUUUAAAAAACCGUAUUGACUAUUAAGGUCCGAAUGCAGCUUUAAUAAAAGGCAAUACAUCAAAAUCGUC